AGUGAAGGACAUCCUCUGCGCACAAAUUCAUGUCGAAAGCUUCGCCAGUUUCACAUGCAUCCGGCACCAGUCGUGGACGUGAUGGCGCCAAAGAAGAGUAUUCCUGUGCCACAGACAUCCCUUGCGCGAAAUACGGUGAUACGAGAUGCCAGCUUCUGGAUCGGCGUUAUUACAUCAACGAGAUCAUUUUAGACGCCGGUAUGGAGUUGCGCGAAGAUGUCUUGAGCAAACACAGCGGGGAUGUCUGCAUUGGAGUUGUUCGGGCAAGCACCUGCGGGCAGGUCUUCUUCAGCAAGUUCGAGGAUUCGCGCAAAAGGAAUGCACUGGACCUCGUUGAGUAUCUUCUCUUCCAGCACCACUGCAUUACAGCGCUAGAACUGAACGGCAGCUCGAGUUGUCGCCCUUCGCUGCUUGAAGCCUUGGAAGAUCAGCGUUCUGUGAAAAGUCUUACAGUCUAUGGUGUAUUGAGGAUACGGGAAGCAGCUUUUUUUAUCCGGGUGAUGAACUCUCUCUCGCAGCUCGACAAGCUGGUCUUCAAGGUCAACGAUUCCCGAAGCGAGUGGAAUUUCCCUACACCCAGGUUCGCGUACUCACUCGACCUGCGUAUCCAUCAUCUGACAGCGCUUGACGUGGCAGACCUGCAAAUGACCCGGCAAGAGGCUAUGGAAAUGGUGCAAACGCUGAUGCUCAACCACAGCAUCAGCGAUCUCGCCGUCGGGCUGUUCGUGUUCAGCACUGGCGCCCAGAACUCAGGCACGUACUUCGCCCAGUACCUGACCAGGGAGAACUCGAAGCUCAGGAGACUCACGCUGAAGACAAACGCAAUCUGCGACAACGGGUAUCUCCUGAUGACGCUCAUCGACGCUCUCUGCGAGAUGACUACGUUGGAGGAACUGAACGCCGAUAUCAUCAUGAACGUAUCAGGCUUCACACGCAGACUCGCCCUCUUCGCCAAACUGUUCGCCCAGAGCAACACCUUGCGUCGGCUCAGAUUGCCUUCCACAUUCUGUAAACGCUGCUCGUUUCUCUGGUUCGACCCAACCGAGCGUCCAGGCCCCGAUGCCGCACAGUGCAUGGAACCUUGGCUGAAAGCUUUGCGGAUGCCGAAGUCAAUGCCUAGCGAGCUGCGCAUCGACUUGCGCGGCUUUGGCGAAGCAGAGUGUCGCGCAUUUUUCGACGCAGUCGCCGACAACGACGCGCUGAAGUCGAUAAUCGUGGAUUCUCUGCCGGCGGUCGACGGCGUGGAUCGCAUCUGCAGAACGAUUCGGGAUCGUGGCCUCGGCGAUCGAGUCACCAUCAGGGACCUUUACAUAGACCAAGCAAACCUAAAGGUACUUCCCCAGUGCGCGGAGAUUGGUAGCGUAAUCAUCAGCGCGCGUCAUUUACUGCGACAAGAAUAUGCCGACAUAGGAGCAGUCAGCUCGGCACUGGAAGUCGUCAGUCGCUGCGGUCAUGUGACGUCACUUAGGGUGAAGUGCAACAGCUUUGAUAACGACACACUCUCCGCCUUGGUAGCCUGUAUACGAGGCUCAACCGCGCUCACGGACGUCGACGUGAGACUAGGUUCUCAUUGGACCAAAGUUGUGGAAGAGCAGCGGGAAGAGAUGGAGACGGAAUUGGUGUCGGCACUAGCCUCAAACCCAAAGCUCGCCAGAGUGAGCGUCCGGGGAGCGCUACUGUCCAGCCACAACUUGAAUCUGCUGGCCGAAGGUGCUCGCAAGAGCCGCAACAUCACUGAAUUCAAGCUCACUCCGGCCUGCAUUUCAGACGCGACAAAUGCGGAGACCUGUUCCUGGCAUGCGGCUGAACUGUUGUGCACAGCGCCCAGGUACUUGAACAUCGCGCUGACGAAUAUCCAGGAAAUCACAGCGAGGAACACCUCCCUCCUUCCCUCCGCGGUCAAGUACGUGUUGGGAGAGCAGGACGACGUCAAGUGCAUUCGAACCAUGGAGCUCAUGCACGACCAUCCGCGUCUCCUAGAACUGGUGCGGGAAGGCGCCGCUUCCACGAAGAGCGAAGCGAAAAAAAUGAUCACCAGCGCCCUCUUGAGUGUCCGGCGCACCAACAUUCACCAGUUCAUGAGACUGGCUGGAGUGGUGAAGGAGAAGGUCGACUGCUUGGCUAAUCCCGGUGCCACUACGCAGCUCGCCGACAUCAGUGAGGAUUGCUGGCUUCAUAUCCGCAGCUUCUUGAAGAUAGCUGACGUCGUUCAAGCCUGAGCGCACGCGGUCAUCAGCCGUGGAGCGGAAAGGAAGCUGCACGGGAUAACCUCUCUGGCCCUGUCGUGUGGCGCAAACCAGGGCACGCGUGGAGUGCCCGGUCCUGAUUGUGAGCCUGUUGCAUCGUCACAUCGUUGCACCGUAACAUCUUGAAGUUGUAACGUCACUUCCGGCCCCCCUCUGCACCCACCAAUGUCGAAAUAUCCCUGCGCCUCUUUUUGACGUGGCACUUGAGAGAACAGCUGUUCAUACUCGGCGCUGCCUGAGCAAAUGACUUUGUCAUGUGGUGCAUAACCAUUGGGACAAGCUGGCGGCCUCAAUGUUUCAAGCAGUUAUAAACUAUAGGCGCCCUCUAAGUUAGAUUCCUUACCUUAUUUAGUGUAACAUGACAACUUGUCAUCCCAUUAUCUGUCUUCAAAGUGACAAGCAACAAAAUGCGCACAUUCCACAUAUCCGUAUCUAUGUUGGCCCUUUCUGACUACAUCACUGAGAUCAUGCGUCUCUAUGGCAACGAAUGUGCGCACAGUUGAAGACUUCGGCAUGUAAACUGUCCACAGCACGAAGGAGAGUUCAAGAUGAUUUUCUUCUCCAGUUAUGUGCACAGUCCACAAUGUUCCAAUAGAGUUUGCUGUUUGCAACCUGGAUAUCAGUUCUAGGCAUUUUCAUGUUGCACGUUCAUUGCCUCUCUUCAGCAUCAUACACUUUUCUUGUGAAAGCAAUAUUGUGCUUAGCGGCAGCUAGUCAAACGCACUAUGGUAAUACUGCAUCUUGUAGUACCAUUUUUUUUCAACGUCAUCUCUCUUUCUGAGACCAUUAUCUUUUUUGUAUUACAUCAUGUGUUCAACCUUCGAUCGGUCUGCGUUCACACUUGUGCGUUGUCUUUAUUGCAGUCGUCAUGCCUGACAAAAGUUCUUCAUUGCUGUCUAUGCAGUCGCGUUCAAUAUGAGCUGCAACACGUUGCCUGCGGUUGAAGAGGCCCCGAAACUACGGAGCCUACGUGCAAGUCAGAGCUUGCAUUUAGGCUUCCUUAGCAAAAGUAGUGGAUUUACCUCAGAGUGCACGGCAGCGCCGACAUGCGAAAAACUGGAGAACAAAACACCAUCUUACUGGUGGUCGUUAACCAAUUUUUUGUAUGUCAACGCCGCCAUACAGUCUUGCGCCUUCAACCAUGGGCACUGCGUUGCAACUCAUACUGAACCUAGCUGGAGGACACUCCAGAAUUAAAGCUUUGUUUAUGCGCAGCCUUCCCCUCUUUAUAUAAUAGAAGAAAUCAAGUAAAUUACUUGGUUCCGCAGCAGUAUUAAAAGAUAUCCCAAGGAACGCGAAGAAACCUGUGCAGUCUUA